GGUUACAACCCUAAUAUAUAUUGCAAGCUAAUUAAGUACGUAACAAUCUUCUACAUUGUCAAAUGGCUAAAUUCGCAGUUCUAUUUGUCUUGGCUCUUCUUGCAAUCACCUCUGGAAAAGGGAAGGGUGGCGAUGAUGGUUGCGACACAUACUUAGCGCAAAGUCCAGGAGGAUGUCCAAGCAUAGAGAAAUGUCUACAUGUAUGCUCAACUUGUUUCACAAAUCAUGGGAAUAUUGUAGCUGAUUGCGCCGCCCCAAGUGGUGCUUUCAAUUACUGGGAAUGCAGGUGUUACUUUGUAAAUGGUGCCCCUUGCCCGGCAGCACCAGGCCCAGCUUGUCCUUUACCACCACCUCACUGGGUCCGUCGUAAUCAUACCCAACCCUAGUUCCAACUUUUUACUUUUUACUAAUUGAUGUAAGUUGAUUUACAUCUAUCACAAUAAUUAAGUUAGUAAUUAAAAUCAUCAAAGUUAUUAUUUGAUUAAUGUCAAAUCCAUCAUAUC